CUUUACUUCAUCCAUUGUUUUGUUGACAAAUCUUAUGUUACUCUUUCAACUUCCCCAUUUCCCCCUCUCUCUAUGUGUUCCUGACUUCCUGCUAUUAUAAUCUCCAACCUACGUUACUUCUACCUUAUAAUAAUCAAACUCCACAAUGGAAUUAAUGUUGGUGCCACCACCAUGGCUGGAACAACUAUUGUCAACCACAUUCUUCACCAUGUGCGAAAACCACAUCAACACACCCAGAAACGAAUGCAACAUGUACUGCCUCGAUUGCAAAGACCAAGCAUUCUGUUUUUAUUGCAAACAAUCUUGGCAUAAGGAUCAUCAAGUAAUUCAAAUAAGGAGAUCGUCCUAUCAUGAUGUUGUGAGGGUAGUGGAGAUUCAGAAGGUUUUGGAUAUCAGUGGAGUUCAGACGUAUGUGAUUAACAGUGCUAGAGUUCUUUUCCUGAAUGAGAGGCCUCAGAAUCAGCCUAAGACCAAUAGUGUUGUUGGAAGUGGAAAAAGUAACUCCCAUUUGUGUGAAAUUUGCAGAAGGAAUCUCUUGGACCCUUUUCGUUUCUGUUCUUUGGGAUGCAAGCUUGUAGGAAUAAAGAAGAACAGGAAUGCGAGCUUUGCCUUAAGCGCAAAGAAAGACGAAGAAAUAGGGAGAAUGCACGAAGGAAUGCCAAGAAGGUUGCCAUCAAAGGAAGAAUUGCGUGAAGGAAUCCACAAACAAGUAUACCAAAGCAAGCCUUCUAAUUCACAUCUAAGACCAUUGUGUUCAAAUUCAAGGAGAAGGAAAGGGAUACCUCAUAGGGCACCUAUAGGUCCAUAAUUAAAGUUAAUGAGUUUAAUUUAGUUUUUGAUAUUAUGGUAUGAUGAUUAAUUUCAAGCUGGAUUUAUGCUCUUUAUCCAGCUCAUUCCUCACAAACCCCAUGUGGGUUUGAGUGUCCUUAAACCAAAGUUGUCUUAAUUAAUGGGGAGCAUUAAUUUAUUAAGUACUAAAAGGAGAUGGGGAACGUUUGUGUUACUUUUGAAGAUAGGCUGGCUUUGGGUUCAAUAAUGCUUUGCUUUGCAUUCGUUAAAUAAAUGUAUGGAACAUGCUAGUUGUAAAUGUCCCCGUUACACAUGAACGGUUUCAUGGAAGGAAACGAUUACUUUGUUUUUUCUUCCCUUAUUA